AGAUAGUCUGUCGUAUUGACCUAGCUGGCUAAUGAAAAUAAACAAAAAAUGGGGCAGUUGUCAUACUCAGAUUUGCUGGUCGCUUGAUUUUUAUUAAACUUAAUCUCUCAAUUCCAUGUCACCUGGACGCAUUAAACGUAUUGGUUUUUUAAAUUCACCAGACGAAGCAUCCCUAAAAUACCGACGGCGAAAUCUGAAUUUGUAAUGAGCUGCACCUUCCAAUAUGGAGAGUGAUCUCAGCCCGCAGGACAAGAAAGACUUGGACAAAUUUAUUAAGUUCUUCGCGUUGAAGACUGUACAGGUGAUUGUUCAGGCUCGCCUAGGAGAGAAGAUCUGUACUCGCUCCUCAUCUUCGCCCACGGGCUCGGACUGGUUCAAUCUUGCAAUAAAAGAUAUACCUGAGGUGACACAUGAAGCUAAGAAGGCAUUGGCUGGGCAGCUGCCUGGCAUUGGCAGGUCGAUGUGCGUGGAAAUCUCCCUUAAAACAUCUGAGGGGGAUUCAAUGGAAUUGGAGACUUGGUGUUUGGAGAUGAACGAGAAGUGUGACAAAGAUAUCAAAGUCUCCUACACCGUUUACAACAGACUGUCCUUACUGCUCAAAUCACUGCUAGCCAUCACAAGAGUGACCCCAGCCUACAAAUUGUCACGAAAGCAAGGCCAUGACUAUGUCAUACUGUACAGGAUAUAUUUUGGGGAAGUUCAGCUUGCAGGACUUGGAGAGGGUUUCCAGACCGUGCGCGUGGGUGUAGUGGGAACUCCCAUCGGCACCAUAACUCUCUCCUGCGCUUACAGAACUAACCUGGCCUUCAUGUCCACCAGGCAGUUUGAGAGGACGGCCCCCAUAAUGGGCAUCAUCAUCGAUCACUUUGUGGAGCGUCCCUUUGCCAAUGUAGGACACAUGCACCCGUGCAACUAUAGGACGGCAGGCGAGGAUGAUGGAGUGACAUAUGCUGGGGUGGAGGACUCCCAAGAAGUGUGCACCACCUCUUUCUCCACCUCACCCCCUUCACAGUUUGUGUUCACUGUUGGUAAGAAAAAUUUUAAGAGCCCUAAACCUGCAGUGAUGGACACUCUCAAGGUCCCAACCAUGGGCCUGGCCUGUUCGCACCAACUCUACAGCUCUCGUCUUUCCUAUCAGCCCCCUGCGCUCGGAGUGGCCGAUCUCUGCUACCCAGCUGUCUUUAACACUGCCCACCCGCACCAGAUGGUGAUCCCAGGGAAGGAGGGCGGUGUGCCUCAGAUGCCCGUGCAGCCGUGCCACGGUGCCCAGGCGGAGCACGGACGGGUGCCCUCGUGCCCCCCUGCGGACGCCGCCCACCACAACCCUGCCACACCCUCCAGCGGCUGCGAUGACCCAGACACCUUGUCCAGGAGCAGCGAGGUGAAAAGCGUGUCCCCAUCCAACGCGUUGGAGACCACCUUCACUAGGAAAGUGGGCGCCUUUGUCAACAAGCCCACCACACAGGUGACCAUGGCCAGUCAGGAGCUGCCUUUUGCUGCGUUUGCUCCGAAGGCUUUUGACUUAGAGGAGAACGACCCGAUGGUGCAGCCCCCGGAGUCCCCCACCACCGCCUCCCCCUUGCAGGGCAGCCUGCACUCGCAGGACUCCAGCGACAGCGGCGGGCAGACGCAGGACGACUUCGUCAUGGUCGACUUCAAGCCUGCUUUUUCCAAGGACGACCUGCUUCCCAUGGACCUGGGAACGUUCUACAGAGAGUUCCAGAACCCCCCGCAGCUGGCCAGUCUCUCCAUUGACGUCAGCGCCCAGUCCAUGGCUGAGGACCUGGACUCGCUACCUGAGAAACUGGCCUUGUACGAGAAGAACAUUGACGAGUUCGACGCCUUCGUUGACACCUUGCAGUAGGACCGUACAGGUCAACCGGCCCCAACUCUGUCGUCUCACUUAACGCCAAAAGAACUCCUUCAUCCAUCCCCUGGAGUAUACUUCUCUUCUUUAUAUUACUUUUUUUUGAAAGAUAAGGCCAUGUGGGACUAUGUUUUUAAACCUCAAAGGAAUAAGUGAAUUGAAAAAUGAUCUCAUUAACUUAUACCCAGCACUUUGAAUCAGCUGACAUAAUUGAAUUGUUUCUUCGUUUGAACUCCUUUCUGAUUUUAAGCGUCGUGACUCGCAUAUGGUCCUUGUUCUUUACACACCCGAAGAGUUGCGAAGGCCCUGCUGUGCACCGUAGAUACUGUAGAGGCUUCUGACGUUGUACAGGCAGCGUUUCUGUCAUAAGUCCCAAUGUAAAUACCAGCCUCUCCUUUCUGUAUUGUUAUUUAACUGAACCAAGGCAAGAGAAACUCGUUUUUAUCAUCGUUUGAAGAAUGUCAGUUAUCUCUGCUAGCUUGUGACACUGAAAAUGUCCUUCGUAUCAGUGAUAGAGACAGGCACAGUCAUGUAUAGACAUAAGAGAAGACAAGUAGACGCACAAUUAACUGUGGGGUGGACAGAGGCAAACGGGUCAUAUUUUCAUGUUUAUUCCAUAAUUGAGACUGAGCAUCAAUUGCUAGGGGCUUCAAAUUAGAAAGGAAACAGGCCAAGUAGUGAAGUGCUUCUUUUUAAAAGCAGCAACAUGACCUUUCGUGUUGACUUACUCUUCUUUCCACACCAGAGAUAUUAGUUUAGGGGCACAGUCACAGUCAAUCAAGAGGACGAGAAUAUGCACUACUGUACAGUCGCGUCUGAAUCAUUGUGUUUGAUCAUAAUAUGAUGCUACAGAUCUUCGCCUCAUUGCAGCAGCUCUUUAGCCUUAGAGUGUUCGUAUCCUGCACUUGCCUCAUCAGUGUCAAACACCUAUAACUGUUUCCAUUGCUACCACAGGCUUUGUUUAUAAGGCAUGGCUGUGUUGUAUAAUAAACCUGAAUUUUAUGUUAAAAA